AGCUCCUGAAAGGGAGACAAGCACGAUGGGAAAAAUAGCAGGAAAAAAGGCUUUUUUUUAAAUAACAUGCCACCAGAACUUCUGCAUGGUAACAAAGAUCAUCUAAAGCAGCUGGGUAUUUGCAAAAGAAGACUUUGACAGCACGCAGAUACUUAAUCUCUAAAUCAAGUUCAACGAUGCGUUAGAGGAAGCUGGAUUGGCCGUGCAGAGAUUUCACACUGAAGGAUGAAUAGUGAAGAAGAGUUUUAUGAUGCCGUUACGGGCUUUGAUUCCGACAAUUCUUCAGGAGACUUUUCAGAAGCAAAUCACAAAGUUGCAGAAAUGCUGGAUCUAGAUCCACGCCAAAGCAAUAGGACUGGGGAGCAGAACGGAGAGACAGAGAUCCAGGAAAAUGGACUUAAGAGGCACAGGACAUCAUUACCCGCCCCGAUGUUUUCUAGAAGUGAUUUUAGUGUGUGGAGCAUAUUAAAAAAAUGCAUUGGACUGGAGCUGUCUAAGAUUACGAUGCCCAUUGUUUUCAACGAGCCAUUGAGUUUCCUUCAGCGAAUAACAGAAUACAUGGAACACAUAUACCUCAUCAACAAGGCUUGUAGCCAGGCAGACCCCCUGGAGAGAAUGCAGGCUGUAGCUGCUUUUGCAGUUUCUGCUGUAGCUUCUCAGUGGGAGAGAACUGGCAAACCAUUUAACCCACUGUUAGGAGAAACCUAUGAAUUAACCAGGGAGGAUUUAGGAUUUAGGUUUAUAUCUGAGCAAGUCAGCCACCACCCACCUAUUAGUGCAUUUUAUUCUGAAGGCCUCAAUAAGGACUUUAUUUUUCAUGGAUCAAUUUAUCCCAAACUAAAAUUUUGGGGGAAGAGCAUAGAAGCGGAGCCUCGGGGAACAAUUACUUUGGAGCUUCUGAAACAUAAUGAAGCUUACACAUGGACAAAUCCAACCUGUUGUGUACAUAAUGUAAUUAUUGGAAAACUGUGGUUAGAACAAUACGGAACGGUAGAAAUUGUAAAUCACAGUACUGGAGAUAAAUGUGUCCUUAACUUUAAACCGUGUGGACUGUUUGGGAAGGAGCUUCACAGAGUAGAGGGAUACAUUCAGGACAAAAACAGAAAGAAGCUGUGUGUGAUCUAUGGCAAGUGGACAGAAUGUUUAUGGUGCACUGACCCCACUACGUAUGAGACCUACAAAAAGAAUGAGAAGAGAGGUGGGGAGCAGAAGAAAUUGAAGCCGAGUGAAGAUGUUAUUAAAUCUGAAAAUGAUGAGGCUGACGAUAUGCCAGAGGUUCAAGACACGGUGCAGUUCAUACCAGGCAGUAAAUUGCUUUGGAGAAUAAAUUGUAGGCCACCAAACUCAUCGCAGAUGUACAAUUUUACCAGUUUUGCUGUGAGUCUCAAUGAGCUGGAAAAAGGCAUGGAAGCAAUAUUAGCUCCCACCGACUGCCGGCUACGUCCGGAUAUCAGGAACAUGGAGAACGGAAACAUGGAUGUGGCUAGCAAAGAAAAAGAGAGGCUAGAAGAGAAACAAAGAGCUGCUCGCAAGGAGCGUGCGAAGGACGAAGUGGAGUGGCAGACACGAUGGUUUCAUCAAGGCACUAACCCCUACACCGGGACUGCAGACUGGCUGUACUCAGGUGGCUAUUUUGAUAGAAAUUUCUCAGACUGUCCAGACAUAUACUGAAAUUACGGAACCAAUUGCUCAUCUCACCUGGACAUCUAGUUACUAGAUUUCAUUCCAAGCCAGUUCCUCUGGUUUUGUCGAUAGCAAAAACCAGCUUUUCUAAGUAAAUUUUAACAAAAAUUCUAUCCGGCAACAAUCAAGAAUUUAAUUAUCACUAACGUUGGAUUGCCAAAUAUUUAAAUACUGUUGUGUUCUUUCCAUAAAGCUGCACCUGAAAUCAUUAUUUCAAUCACUUUUUCACUAAUUUUCAAAGGGACCCUUGGUUCUUCAUUUUUCUCCCUAGUUUCUUUGUCAGGAAGAUACGCUAUAUCCGAUAGAGCACAUAACAUCCUUGAAAACUACGUAACUUAAAUAAAAUAGAGAUAAUAUCCUUGUAACUUAGUACAAUAGCGAAGAAGCUGAAGUUUUUGGAACUGGGAGCAGGGAUGAAAAGCUAAUGUGGUACCAACAGGAUGAAAUCCAGUGCUGUGGAUAACUCCCCGUGGAGAGAUGCAUGUGAAUACCCUACGGUAUGUAGCACUACGGGGGGGCUGGAGCUCCUGCCCCCCUCUCAAUACCAGUCAAUAAUUCAGAGACUCGGGGAAACAAACACCCAACCUGAGCUGCUGGAGCUGUAGUUGUUUGUUACAGAGUCUUCACAACUUUGGGACACUGUGAGCGUUAAACUGUGUACCUGUGAUAACAUCACCUCAGGCGUACGGCAGGAGAAGGGCGCCAGAAAAAGGGCGCUUUUUCUGAAGUCAAAUGCUGUUCUUAAAACCCCAGGAGCUUGGGAAGCCAUGGCAGGAGCGUCGAGGCGGUUAAAAUGUAAAAAUAUAUUGCUUGCUACCACUGGGAGGCUUAGCAAUUCCGCACUACCUUUGGCAGCUUUGGCACUGUGUAAGCUUCUAGGCUAAACUUUCCUUUGAAGCACUUUGGUGUGUAUAAUCCCACAGGUUCAGGUUUUGGGGAAGUUUUUUGUUUGCAUGUUUUUCAUUAUUAGGUCAUGUCCGUUUUGUAUCUUGUGAAAAAGCAGAAUCCAAUUUAAAGCUUUGGCAGAAUUAUACCUGUUACAAGUUUUCUGUGAGCACGUGAUGUCAAAAAGUGGGAUUUUAUUUUUUUUUUGUUGUUCCAUAUCAAGCCAUGGAAGCCAUAUAAUACUGGAAAUAAUCAAUUACUGAAUUGACGCAUUCAUUUUCUUCCAAGCGGUACACUUCGGGGAGGGGGGGUAAAGGGGGAGAGAGGCCUGAAAAAUUCUGUCCAGUAAUUAAAACUAAUCCUACUGUUGCAUCCUCUUUUAUGGAAGUUUUUACUUGAGUAACCAGGCAAAAGCGGAGAGCGGCUGCGCUGCUGUUCAGUUUACAGUAAUUUGGAAAUUGCUGGUGUUGAGCUGGUUGUGGAAGAACGUGUCUGAUUGAUGUUUGGACUCAUUUGUGGUUUCAGCCAAAGAGUAGAUUUUUGAAGUGCUUCUCUCCCAGCCACAGGAUUAAAAAGCAGAACAAAAAUGAACAUACUGAUGGAGAAAAUCUUUUUGUAUCAGAUCAUGCAUCUAAUGAUUGGAUUAACUUUAAAUUCAGGAGAAACUUUGUUGUUGUCUUCACUGGAAACAUAAGAGAAACUGUAAAACUCCAGGGCAGUCGGUGAGGGUCUCAUCUGAAACGUGCUUGUGGCAACUUCAUUCAGUGGCCAGAAGCUGUACUUUGUGCUGGUUGCCCAUCUCUGGGACUCCCAAGCCACACUCGGUGACACGGCGGGGACAAAAGGGCUGUGUUUAUUCCCAGUGAGCGCACAGACCCUUUGCUUUUUAAAAAGGACAUUGCUGAUCCAUGUGGGACAGCGUAAAAAAUAUAUUUUAUUUAAAAAAAUGAACUUUAAUGACCAGGCCAGGCCCUGUAACCCCCUUUCCAAACUCGCUGGAGGCUGCGUAGGGAAGCCUUUGCUUGGUGAGGAUUGAAAGGAUUCACCUAUUAAGCCAGUUGAACAUCUCAUAGGAGUCUAAAACUUGCUUAAACUAAAUAGUAUGUUUAAUGCUGGAGUAGUGUUUUUAAAACAAUACAUAUAAAUAGAAUUUGCCUUAAUGGAAAAACUGUAGAAUAAUUGCUAAAGAAAUACUAUGUUUAUAAGAAGAAGUGUACAGGUUAGCGUCCCUCUCGUCUCAGUUAUGAUUUAAAUUCAAAGACCUACAGCCUUGUGAUUAUGUGAAUGCAUGAAAAAAUUCUAACAACGCGUUUAAUCCAAACUUCAGUAUAGAAUCUUCAUGGGAUUUAAGGAGAAACUGGGAAGAUUUCUAAAGUAAGAACACGUCAUUGGUUUUGUCUUUACCCCCUUCUCCCCUUCCUUUAGUGUAAAGUUUUGAGUAAAAUUUCAGUUUGGUUCCAAAACCAUUUUUUUUUAAUUUAUUGUUCUUCAUUGACAACACUUAUUAACAACUCUCCCCUCACUGUCGACUGUGCUUGGCCGGAGCCGCGGGACUCCUAGAGCUCGGAAAGUGAAAAGGUUUUAUUUUCAAUGCAGAUCUCGCCUCAGUAGUUUACGUGUCAAAACGUUAAUAACUUUGCACCUUUUGAAAGAAUGUCACUUUUAUAACUUGAUUAAACACUGUAUAUAAGAUAA